GCUCGGUUCCCGGUGCUCGGUUCCCGGUGCUCGGGACUCGGCCGGGUCGGCGGCAGGUCGGGGCCGGGCCGGGCGGGUGGGAGAGGGGCUGGGCGGGGGCAGCGCCGCGGGCUGAGGGGCGAGCGGGCGGGACCGUCCCCUCAGGCCGCUCCCUUGUUCUGGCCGCUGCUUCCCUCCCCUCAGCGUGGCCCGAAGCGCCGCUUUCCGUAAACGAGUGCUGUGUUGGAUCAGCAGAGACUUCAGACGUGAAGGACUUGUGGUAAAUGUGACCACGGGCAGCUGUGGCGGUGUCCGCCCUCACAGCUUCCCCAGCUGAGGUGCUGCCUUCACGCUUCUCGAUGUGCUGUUCCCUCUCCGCAGCUUUGCUCGCUUCACUGUGAGGACAUCGCUUCUCAGCCGUUGCUGUGCACUGUGCACAUCCUUAGGAUGCAAACCUUAACUGAAUUAAACACGCUCACUUUUCUAACUACUUCUGCUUUGGGCUUCUCCGUGUCCCUGUCCCCUCGAGCUCUGAUCCCUGUGCCCAUCCAUAACAUAUUUGUGUGUUCUUCUAUGGAGACAGAACUGAAUUAGUGGCAUUUCUUGUUUAUACCUCAUAUCUACAGAUUAAAAGCAGAGGCUGUGAUGCUUCCAGCACCUCUGGAGUCAUGUGCAGGUACCCAAAAAAUCUCUUUUGCCCAAAUGUUUCCACAGGCACAGCGUUGUGUGUGAUGUGUAACCACGGCUGGGCUGUGCUUUCCCCACUGUGCCUUACACGGAGCUCUUUGGCCAGCCCCGUCUCAAUAAUUACCUACGACCGCUCCUGUGAAGUUAAUGAAAUGCCUCAUUAACUUUGGGAGGUUGUGGAGAUGAUGGUUUGGUUGCCUUUGUCACAGUUUAGUACAAACACGAUGCCAGCCUAUCUCUAUUUCCUCUUUCAGCUGCAGGGAGCACGUGUAUCAUACAGCUUUAGAGCCCAAAGGAAUAAUCUUUCUGCUUUCCAAAGAGGAUUGUGUUAUCUGCUGUACAAAAUACAUAAUUUCUCAAGAAAACAAAGAGCUUUAUUUGAAAAAUGAGAGCUGGAAGUGAUAAAAAAUUCUUUCAAGCGACAUUUCAGAUUAUGGCAAUGCUGUUGAUUGCUGAACUACAUUGUUCGAGAUAGGGAUAGGAAUUCCAGCGCCAUGAGACUUAAAAGCUUUUGGAAUAAAUAACUUCUGGAAUAUGUUUCUAACUCUCAAUUCCCUCAUCUUGGAUUUGUGGCAAAACUUCUUGGCCCAAGUUUUCUUUAGUGAAAAUGGCUGCGGAGAAGUGGAAAGGCUGGGCUUCGAAACAGCAGAAGGAGGCUGAGCACGGCGGGGAGAGGGAGCCGGGCGUGCUCCCGGGCCGGCAGCUGCCUGAAGCCGGGAGAUUCGCGUACGCGGCGCUUUGCGGGAUAUCCCUCGCCUGGCUGUUCCCUGAAAACGAGCAAAGCUCCUUCAGGACAGAAUUCAUCAAAGGCUUUGUGAAGUGGCUGGACCUGCCUGAUGCUGUCUUGCCUGCCAUGACAGCCUUUGCUGAUGGCUUAGGAGGUGAGGGCACAGAAACUUUCACUGAAAUUUUGCUGAAGGACCCCAUCUUGAAAGAAAAUCCACUUCUCAUUACCCAGGACCUUUUAUCAUUCUCUCUUCAAGAUGGAUCCUAUGAUGCUCGAGCCAGGGUGUUGAUCUGUCGUGUCAGCUGGCUGCUGAGAAUUCCCUUGGAAGAUCUGGAAGUCCUGGAGGAAUCUCUGCUUGAGAACCUGAAGGAACAAAAAGAGGAAGAGUCAGAAACUGCAGAAGUUUCAAGAAAAAAGAAGGAAAGAAGGAAAAAGCUGAAGAGAUACCUGCUGAUCGGUCUGGCAACUGUUGGGGGUGGAACAGUGAUUGGUCUGACAGGAGGCCUGGCUGCCCCUCUGGUUGCUGCGGGAGCUGCCACGAUCAUCGGGAGUGCUGGAGCAGCUGCUUUAGGAUCCACUGCUGGGAUUGCUGUCAUGGCAUCCCUUUUUGGAGCAGCAGGAGCUGGUCUUACUGGAUACAAAAUGAAGAAACGUGUGGGAGCCAUAGAAGAGUUUGAAUUCCUCCCACUUACGGAAGGGAAGCAGCUCCACAUCACCAUAGCAAUCACUGGAUGGCUGUGCACUGGCAAAUAUGGGAGCUUCACAGCCCCGUGGAGCAGCAUGUUGCACUCAAGUGAGCAGUACUGCCUGGCCUGGGAAUCCAAGUACUUGAUGGAGCUUGGCAACGCCUUGGAUUCCCUGCUGAAUGGCUUUGUGAACAUGAUGGCUCAAGAAGCCCUAAAAUUCACUGUCUUGUCAGGGAUUGUGACAGCCUUGACUUGGCCAGCGUCACUCCUGACUGUUGCCAGUGUCAUUGACAACCCCUGGGGAGUGUGUCUGCAUCGCUCUGCUGAAGUGGGCAAACACCUCGCACACAUCCUGCUCAGCAGACAGCAGGGCCAGAGACCUGUCACACUGAUUGGCUUCAGCCUGGGUGCCAGAGUCAUUUACUUCUGCCUGCAGGAAAUGGCUCAGGAAAAAGACUCACAAGGGAUCAUUGAAGAUGUUGUCUUACUGGGAGCUCCAGUGGAAGGAGAAGCCAAGCACUGGAGAGCUCUCACCAGAGUGGUGUCAGGCAGGAUCAUAAAUGGCUUCUGCAGGGCGGACUGGCUGCUGAGCUUUGUUUACAGAACCUCCUCUGUCCAGCUCAACGUCGCAGGCCUCCAGCCAGUCGACCUGGAUGACAGGAGGAUGGUGAACAUGGACCUGUCCUCUGUGGUAAAUGGCCACCUGGACUACAUGAAGCAGAUGGACACGAUCCUAAAAGCCGUGGGCAUUAAAACCAAGGAAUGCCAGCUGGAAGAGAAGGGCAGUCUUUUUUCCCCUCAAGCCAAGAAAUCCCAGCAGGCAGCAGGCAGCGAGGCUCGGGGACAGGAAAACACCAGGAAAGAGGAGAACGAGGCUGGGAGUGAGGCUCUCCCAGCCAGCUGUGCUCACCGACAAAAUUCCUCCAGCUCUGCCCUGGGAGAACCUUUGCCACCCUGCCCAGACUGCUCACACAGCACAGACAGCAAGGACCAGGCAGUGGGGAAGGGAGCAAAUUAGGGCAGAGCUGCUCAGCCAGCACAAAAACCGCUGUCAGCACAUCCGUGGCACUGGGAUUCCCAGAGGAUGGAGCUGCAGCUGCAGUUUCCAGCCCCUCCGGAGAAAAGCGUGGCACUGGCGUGGCACCGGAUCAAAGCGCUUGGAGCAGCCGCCCACGGCACCUCCCCGAGGCGGGAGGGGGCUGAUUCCUGCCGGAGGCUGCACUGCUCCUCAGGAAUCCGAGACAGAUCCCGUCCAAAUCCUUGCAGGAAGCAGCUGCCCCCCUCGGCACCGUGUCCCUGCUGUGACUGAGGGGAGGGAAGCAGGUGGCUCUGAGGGGAUUUUAAGCAUUUCACAGAGAGGGGUUCAUUACUAGGAAAUUAAAACCAUUUUUGCACUGGAGAUGAGAUUGGUUUAAGGAUCUCAGGUGUGUUCCAGGCUCUACCUGCCCCACUCUGGAUGGAUCUGGAUCUGCUCUCCAGCUCUGCUGACCAGGAGGGUAAAAGCUCGGGCUGCCAGGCUUUCUUCCCCCGCCUGCUGCAGGUUUGCUGCCAGGGCUCAGGCACUUUCCCAUCUCCAAGACAGUUUCCCUCUGUCCAGGCUGACGUUGGUGAGUGUUGGAGGCUUGGAGGCCCUUUUCCUGUUAGAAACAUGUUUGGGACCCUGGAGGAAAGCAGCAGGAAAACCAAGGGGGUUUUGGAUGGUUUAUGGAAAUUCCUCCCGAGUUCUCCAAGCCAGCAACCCACUUUGACUUUCCUUUUGUGUCCCACAGACAUCUCCAGCCUUAAAAGCUCCAUCCAGACAUAUUUUUAAUUGGCUUAGAACAAAGCCAAUACUUAGCACAGAAUAAA